AUGUCCUCGGCCUGGAAUAUCAAUACUAGUUAAUUUCUCCUUGUGGCCGGACUAGAAGAGGCCCCUCUUUUCCAGUCACGGUCAAAUACAAUUACCUGGCUCCGCACGGAAUCCCUUGCUAAUACACCAUGCCCUCUGGCCUUUGCAUCGACAUCAGCUCUACCAUCCCGCAAUGACACCGCAAUUUUUUCGCAAUAUCGCCCUUUCCCUCGAAUUCUUUGUGGCCCUUGCACAAUGCGCCAAUCUCAACUACUCAGGAGAAGCAGUCACUACUCGAUUCUGGGACUGCUGUAAACCAUCAUGUGCUUGGGAUGGAAAAGCAGACGUUUCGAAACCCGUCGUAUCAUGUUCUUCUGACGACAAACCUACAGAUGCGGCUGCUGGAACUGGUUGCAAUGGCGGUCUUGCAUUUCAGUGCUCUAACCAGCAACCGUGGGCAGUGAACGACACUCUAUCCUAUGGGUUUGCUGGCGUUUUCAUCACACCGGAUCUCACUCGCGGCGGUAUCGAAGGGGCAUGGUGCUGCGCAUGUUACCAGCUGGAUUUUACCAGUGAACCACUCAUUGGCAAAAGCAUAAUCGUUCAAGCUUCAAACACAGCCUACGAUUUAAGAUCCACAAAUCGAUUCUCGCUUGCGAUACCUGGUGGAAAUACCACUUCAACGAAUGCUUGCGCCCAGCAGUUUGGGGUGAGCCAAUCUGUUUUCGGCAAUGACAUGUCAGGUGUCAGCUCCAAAGACGACUGUCAGAAUCUGCCUGAGCCAUUGAGAGACGGGUGUAAAUGGAGGUUUGAUUGGUUCAAAGACGCAUCAUAUCCAAGCGCAAAGUUCAAACGCGUAGUCUGCCCCUCCGACAUUACGGCCAAAACCAACUGCAUCCGCAACGACGACAAACAACUAGCAGGUGAAAAGUCCUCUGCAGCCAGCCUAACCCCAACCACCUCCGUAAUGUCUACAUUCGCCGCGGUCCUAAUAGGUCUACUAUCGAUAUAGUACCGAUGAUGACGCUGUACGCCACCUCUCCUGCACCGCUUACGAUUGCCACGUUUUCGACUCCCUGUGUUCAUUAUUUGCAAGGGCAGUUCCAUCAGAUGAUGAGGACCGCCCCGCCCAUAUCAUGCAUGGAUACCCUACCAAUAAAACACUUGCAUUAAAACGGAAUCCGCAUCUUGGAAAAGCGCUUAGCAAUACCUCCGCAACUUAUCUCAUACCCGGAGUUGCCGUCGACUUGCGAG